AUGGGUUGCAUGUUAGACCAGCUAACUGAGCCCGAUCAGAAAGAAAGGGUGAUUUACUACUUAAGCAAGAAGUUCACUAGUUGUGAGAUCAACUACAUCGCCAUUGAAAAGACGUGUUGCGCCUUAGCAUGGGCAUCACGCAAGCCGCAGCAGUAUAUGCUCUAUUACACCACGCGGCUCAUUUCCCGUAUGGAUCCCAUUAAGUACAUCUUUGAAAAGCCAGCUCUUAUAGGGAAGAUCUGCCAUUGGCAAAUGUUGCUUUCCGAGUUCGACAUUGUGUUUAUGACAAGAAAGGUCAUCAAGGGCCAGGCCAUAGCCGAUUACCUAGCAGACCAGCUGCUGAAUGAUCCAGAACUUUCAAAAUCCCUCUUCCUUAAUGAGGAUGUCAUGGCGUUAGAGCUAGAACCAAACAGUGUGGAACCGUGGCGUUGGAAGCUUUAUUUCGAUGGAGCCGCCAAUUCUAUUGGAAGUGGAGUAGGAGCAGUCUUAGUUUUCCCCAAGGGCCAACAAAUCCCUGUUUCAGUCAUGUUGAAUUUUGAUAGCACCAACAACGUCACAGAAUACGAGGCAUGCAUAGUCGGCCGGCAAGUGGCCCUAGAGUUCAGCACCUAUGACUUAAGGGUCUUUAGAGAUUCCCUGUUGAUCAUCUCCCAAAUCAAAGGAAAAUGGCAAGCCCAAGACACCAAGUUGAUUCUGUAUCAGAAAUGCGUCAACUGCUUGAUUCCGAAAUUCUAA